AUGUUUUCGUAUCAACAAACGCACCUCACCCAUUGGUUUCCAAAACCUGAGACCCAGCCCAACACCUGCCCAACACCCACCCAACACCUGCCCAACAACCAGCCAACACCUGCCCAACACAGAACCCAACACCCACCCAAAACCAGCCCAACUCAGAGUCCAACACCCACCCAACACCAGCCCAACACAAAGCCCAACUCAGAGUCCAAAACCUGCCCAACACCUGCCCAACACACAGCCCAACACCUAACCAACACAGAGUCCAACACCAGCCCAACACAAAGCCCAACUCAGAGUCCAACACCUGCCCAACACAGAGUCCAACACCCACCCAACACCUGCCCAACACACAGCCCAACACCUAACCAACACAGAGUCCAACAUCCACCCAACACCAGCCCAACACCCAGCCCAACUCAGAGUCCAACAACUGCCCAAAACCCAGCCCAACACCUGCCCAACACAGAGUCCAACACCCACCGAACACCAGCCCAACACAGAGCCCAACUCAGAGUCCAUCACCCACCAGCCCAACACAGAGUCCAACACCCCCCCCAACACCAGCCAAACACCCAGCCCAACUCAGAGUCCAACAACUGCCCAACACCCAGCCCAACACCUGCCCAACACAGACCCAACACAGAGUCCAACACCCUCCCAAAACCCAGCCCAACCCCGGCCCAACACCCACCCAACACCAGCCCAACACAGAGUCCAACACCCACCCAACACCAGCCCAACACAGAGCCCAACUCAGAGUCCAACAGCUGCCCAACACAGAGUCCAUCACCCACCAGCCCAACACAGAGUCCAACACCCACCCAACACCAGCCCAACACCCAGCCCAACUCAGAGUCCAACAACUGCCCAACACCCAGCCCAACACCUGCCCAACACAGAGUCCAACACCCUGCCCAACACCUGCCCAACUCAGAGUCCAACACCUGCCCAACACCCAGCCCAACACCUGCCCAACAGAGUCCAACACCCACCCAACACCAGCCCAACACCCAGCCCAACUCAGAGUCCAACACCUGCCCAACACAGAGUCCAACACCCACCCAACACCAGCCCAACACCCAGCCCAACUCAGAGUCCAACAACUGCCCAACACCUGCCCAACACAGACCCAACACCCAGCCCAACACAGAGUCCAACAACUGCCCAACACCCACCGAACACAAGCCCAACACAGAGCCCAACGCAGAGUCCAUCAACCAACAGCCCAACGCAGAGUUCAUCAACCAACAGCCCAACACAGACCCAACACAGAGUCCAACACCCUCCCAAAACCCAGCCCAACCCCGGCCCAACACCCACCCAACACCAGCCCAACACAGAGUCCAACACCCACCCAACACCAGCCCAACACAGAGCCCAACUCAGAGUCCAACAGCUGCCCAACACAGAGUCCAUCACCCACCAGCCCAACACAGAGUCCAACACCCACCCAACACCAGCCCAACACCCAGCCCAACUCAGAGUCCAACAACUGCCCAACACCCAGCCCAACACCUGCCCAACACAGAGUCCAACACCCUGCCCAACACCUGCCCAACUCAGAGUCCAACACCUGCCCAACACCCAGCCCAACACCUGCCCAACAGAGUCCAACACCCACCCAACACCAGCCCAACACCCAGCCCAACUCAGAGUCCAACACCUGCCCAACACAGAGUCCAAAACCCACCCAACACCAGCCCAACACCCAGCCCAACUCAGAGUCCAACAACUGCACCUAACACCAGCCCAACACAGAGUCCAACACCCUCCCAAAACCCUGCCCAACCCCGGCCCAACACCCACCCAACACCAGCCCAACACAGAGUCCAACAACUGCCCAACACCUGCCCAACACAGAGUCCAACACCACCGAACACCAGCCCAACACAGAGUCCAACACUCAAAUACAUCAGCCCAACUCAGAGUCCAACACCUGCCCAACACCAAGCCCAACACCUGCCCAACAGAGUCCAACACCCACCCAACACCAGCCCAACACAGAGUCCAACACCACCCAACACCAGCCCAACACCCAGCCCAACACAGAGUCCAACAACUGCCCAACACCCACCGAACACAAGCCCAACACAGAGCCCAACGCAGAGUCCAUCAACCAACAGCCCAACGCAGAGUUCAUCAACCAACAGCCCAACACAGAGUCCAACACCAAGAGUCCAACACUCACCCAACAUCAGCCCAACUCAGAGUCCAACACCUUCCAACACCCACCCAACACCAGCCCAACACAGAGUCCAACACCCACCGAACACAAGCCCAACACAGAGCCCAACGCAGAGUCCAUCAACCAACAGCCCAACACAGAGUCCAACACCCAGCCCAACACGCCCAACUCAGAGUCCAACAACUGCCCAACACAGAGUCCAAAACCCACCCAACACCAGCCCAACACCCAGCCCAACUCAGAGUCCAACAACUGCCCAACACCUGCCCAACACAGAUUGUUGA